CAAAUAUGUUUUGGAUCUUUUUCAUCGGAUCUGAUAAUAAUGAGUCGUUUCUGCAUUGAGAUUCAGAUUUCAUUAUAGUUGAUCGGGUUUUAUGAGUUGGGAUCUGAUUCGGACCCACUAAUCGCAUUUUGGUUUUGGUUCGGAAGCAGUGGAAAUCCACUAAUGUCUGAUCCGUUAUUACGAGGUUUUCUGGAUAUCGUUCAUGACGAGAUGGACGGCAGAUAGGGCAAGGGGUCCACUGGCUUGUUUGGUCCCACUCUUUGAAUGACGUUGAUUUGCCGCGAAUUAUUGUUCAAAAAAAUUCACGCCCAACGCCCGUUGAGCCGCACCGACGGACUUUUUGCUGCGAUGCGUUGCUCGAUUCUUCCGGCCGGGGCCGCCAUCUUCUGCAGGUCGGGGAGCAAGGAGCCGCUCUUUGGGAGACAUCCCUUCCGCCGCUUGUGCGGCGGAAGUUUGGGAGAAUCCGACCUCUACAGCCGUCUUCUGCUGGCGCUUACCCAUGUGGGGUCCUAUUGGGAGGUGAAGCGCAUCCAUGGCCGCAUGGUUACCGGUAAUUUCAUGUCCAAAUCCGUCCUUGUUUGCCGGCUUAUCGACCGUUGCUUUGUGUUCGGCGAGAAUGGUGACGCAGACAAACUGUUUGAACAAUUGUGGAGGCGGAGCCUUUACUGUUACAAUUAUAUGAUGAAGGGCUACAUGGAUAGGAAAAUGUACGCAGAGUGUUUCAGGUUGUGCCAGAAGAUGGUCUCUGAGGGAAUUCUUCUUGAUGCACAUUGCUCGAGUUUGGUGCUAACGGCAUGUGUCAGUUUGAAAGAUAUCGGACAAGGGGAAGCCAUUCACGGCCAUGUCCUACAGCGGGGAUUUGUAUCUGAUUGUUUUUUGGUCACCGCACUUGUUGACUUGUACUCCAAAUGUGGCCAGGUUGGGGAUGCCCGCUUACUGUUUGACGAAAUGCCUCUGAGAGAUGUGUUUAUGUGGACUGUGAUGAUUGAUGGGUACCUGGCUAAUGGGAUGUAUAAAGAGGCUUUGGCAUUGCUCUCAGGAAUGGAAGCUGAAGGCAUAGAUGCGAACGUUGUUACUUGGAACAUUUUGAUUGGUGGAUUCAUUAGAGGGGGACUCAUCCUGGAUGCGACUCACCACUUUAGGCAGAUGCAAACGGCUGGGAUCAUACCUGAUAAAGUAAGCAUGUGCUUAGUUUUAUCUGGAUGUGCUCACUCUGCAAUGUUGAAAUUAGGCAGGGAAUCACAUGCUUUUGUGCUCAGAAAGGGACUCAAGGUUGAUCAGUUUCUUGCUUCUGCUCUAGUUGACAUGUAUGCAAAAUGUGGAAACCUAGAUUUGGCUUACUACUUGUUUGAUCAAGCUGAGGUGAAAGAUGUGGGUUUAUGGAAUGCAAUUCUUGCAGGUUAUGGAGCCCAUGGGAAGUGCAAGGAAGCUCUGGAACUGUUUAGUCGAAUGCAAGAUUCUAAGAUUAGACCAAAUCAGAUUACAUUCGCUUCUCUCAUCUCUGCUUGUAGCCAUGCAGGGAUGGUGAAUGAAGGCUGCAAAUGCUUCAAUAUCAUGAUUCAUAAUUAUAAAAUCGUUCCACGUAUGGUACAUUAUGUUUGUAUGGUAGAUAUGCUUGGGAGAGCCGGCCAUUUAGAAGAAGCUCAUCAGUUUAUCAAUGACAUGCCUGUUGAGCCAAGUAAAGACGUAUGGGGAGCUUUGCUUGGUGCUUGCAGGGUACAUCAGAAUGUUGAGCUUGCGAAGGUUGUUGCCCAUCAAAUUUUUUCGUGUGAAGAUGUAGAUGAUGCUGGAUAUCAUGUUAUGAUGUCAAAUAUUUAUGCAGAAACUGGCAAGUGGGAAGAGAUGGGCAAGCUUAGAACACAGAUAAGGGAUGAAAGAUUGAGGAAGAAAACAGGUUACAGUUCAAUUGAACUUGAGAAUCGUAUUCAUACUUUCUACAUGGGAGAUACAACACACCUGAAGUCAGACCAGAUUUAUGCUGUCUUGCGGGUUUUGGAGACUAUAUAUUCACUCGAUACAUUUUGAUCUUCAAAAUCUGAUACCUAAGUGACGAUUCAGGUUCUGGUGUUGUAUCCAGUUGCCCUUGACUUGGAUCACUUUGAAUUGUUAAGGAGCCUAUUGGCGCUCAACAGCACCAUGAGGUGCUGGUCACGGUUUUAAGGUGCUCAGGCUCGUGCGAAGCUUCAAAUUACCUGGAAAGUCACCGUAAUCAGUAGCUGCAUGCAGACAUGAACCAUCUUGAUGCUGAAGAGCUAUUGAAACGGACAAAUUUGAGCUUAUUCGGUCCAGCCCAUGCUGUUGACUUGGCUAUGCAUAAGUAUCUGCAGCUGUAGUUAGCCGAGUUUUCAGACAGUCGUUGCUUGGGAUGGCCUGCCAUGAUCAUAAUCUAACACUCCCACAUUUACAAGCACCUGUAGAAGCCUGCAGGAUGCAGGCAAAACGUGAACCCAAAUGUAAAGCAUCAUUUUUGCUCCAAAUGAAGAGAAGCGAAGGAGGCAUUGUCCUUCGUUUUUUCAUUUCGCUCUCUCUCUGUUCGGUAACUAUGAACACGUUUCCAUGUGAUCUUAUAUUCGUGCGCCUGAAAUUCAUUUAGUUGCGAAAACUAUGCUAAAAUGGUUUGUUUUGCACAUGAUUAUCCAUGGAAAAGCUAAGGAUUUUCUUGCAACUGUGGACAAAAUAAGUGGACGAUAAAUGGGAGCUUUUCUGAUUCUCGGAUCUGCUAGACACCAGAAUUGUGAACCCAAAGGCUAAUGCCUCCUUCAGUUGUCCCCCUGUAAAUUCUGUGU